AUGGCUGCCUACCUCCUCUCCCGAGUAGGUGACCCCAUCUUCGCCCUCACAAUGGGCGUUGCCGCCGUCAUGUCCCGAAUCCGCCGUGACCAAAUAGAACAAAACCCCUCGAGAGCAUCAGAAAUCGGAUACGGAACGGUGGUGCAGCUCGGACAGCAGCGAUUGCAGCGGUGGUGGAACGGAGACUACCAAGAUCUAUAA